AUGGUAUAUGAGGAAGUUUUAUUUUCAGUAGUAUUUACUGAAAAGAAAAAAUACUACGGCAUUUCACAUAAAAGCAAGUUGAACUUUAAUAAAGAGCUUUUCAUUCAGGAAGUUGAGAUUAUGAAAGACGUACUCAAAGAAACUAUAAAUGAUAUCUCACAGAAAGAUCUUAAUAAAAUGAUUAAAACUGCUGUGUAG